AUGCUUGCUGCUGACAUCCCCCCCUUCGCUCGCAAUCUCUUGUUCUCGGCCAAUCUUCUUCCCUUUUCGAAAAAGGAUGGUGGAGUCCGCCCAAUCGCGGUUGGCAAUGUCUUUCGUCGGUUGGCGUCCAAGAUUGCCUGCUGGUCUGUUUCUCCCGACCUGAGCAAAAACUUCGUCCCCACUCAAGUCGGAGUCGGAGUCCCUUCCGGUUGUGAGGCGGCUGUCCACGCCGCCAGGCGGUAUCUCUCUACAGCAACACCGAACAGAGUCCUUGUCAAACUGGAUAUUUCUAACGCUUUCAACAGCGUCCGACGUGAUUCCUUAUUAGAUGCUUGCUUGUCUCGGUGUCCAUCAAUUUACCGUUAUGUUGAUCUGUCCUACGGUUCCCCCAGUUCUUUGAUUUGUGGUUCUUCAGCCAUCUCUUCUGAAAACGGAGUCCAACAGGGGGACCCUCUUGGCCCUCUCCUGUUCUCUCUUGCUAUUGACAGUGCCGUUAAAGCAUGCCAGUCCGAGUUCAACGUCUGGUAUCUGGACGAUGCCACCAUCGGGGGCCCCGCAUGCUCAAUCCUCGAAGAUCUGAACAAUAUAAUCCCCGCACUUAUUUCCCUUGGCCUGUCUAUAAACCCUUCGAAAUCUGAGAUUUUCAACAUCUCUUAUGAUCCCAAUUAUUUUAACACAUCUAUCUAUCCAUUAUUUAAUUCGCUUCUCCCUAAUAUCAAGGCUGUUACAUCCUCUGAUCUUAUUGUCCUUGGCUCCCCAAUCUUUUCCUCGGCUAUCCCUUCCUUCCUGGAGCUUAAGCUCACAAAAAUACAAGAAUCUAUAGCCACACUUAAAACAGUCGACGCACAUGCUGCCUUCUUCCUGAUCAAAAAUUUCCUUGCUUUCCCCCGGUUACAAUUUUUCUUACAGUCCGCCCCUUGUCACCGCCAUCAUUGUGCUCUUCAGCACUUCGAUCUUUUGCUAAGAAACUCAAUUUCGGCUAAUACUAAUGUCAAUUUUGAUGAUGCCGGGUGGCAACAAGCGAUCCUGCCAGUCCGUCACGGCGGACUAGGUCUGCAAGCUCCUUCUGUUUUGGCUCUCCCUUUCUACCUUUCUUCGUCAUACCGCUGUAGUCCGCUUGUCCUUAGGAUUCUUUCUCCCCAUUCCGAAUCCGUUCUGGACCAAGAGCUUUCUCAUGGUAUCGAAGUUUGGUCUUCCCGUGGCUUCGACAUUCCUUGCUAUCCCUGCUAUACAAAGGCGUGGACGGAAACAAUGUUUCUUCAGUUAUACAAUUCGCUAUUAUCCUCCUGUGAUCAACACCGGCGCGCUUGUCUUUUGGCCGCAUCCUCCGAAUGGAGUGGCGCUUGGCUCAACGCAUACCCUUCCGGAAAUACGGGAACCCUGCUGGACCCAAAAAGUGUGCAGAUUGGCAUUUCUCUUAGACUUGGUCUGGACAUCUGCUUUCCACACACUUGCCGCUGUGGUUCUGUCGUAGAUCGGAAAGGUCUCCAUCCACUUUCCUGUCGCAAAAGCCCUGGCCGGAUUCCCAGGCAUUCUGAAUUAAAUUCCGUAGUAAAACAUGCACUUGAAGCAGCCGGAUUUCCCUGUCAGCUGGAGCCUCCUGGCCUUCUAAGGGAGGAUGGUAAGAGACCUGACGGGGUCUCACUCUUUCCCUACAAGAACGGGAAAGCAAUCGUCUGGGAUGCGACAUGCUCUGAUACUUUCGCAUCAUCAUGUCUUUCCUUGUCGGCGGUCGAGGCUGGCUCAGCAGCCAAGAGGGCGGAGACGAAGAAGGCAUCUAAGUACGCCUCCCUGAUGGACCGUUUCAUCUUCGAACCGGUGUCAGUGGAAACUUCCGGUGUACUUGGCCCGUCUACUCUCCGUUUCCUCUCGAAGAUCGGAAGGUCAUUGGGAAGGGCAAGGAACGACCCCGUGAACUGA